UCUGGUGACACAAACAUGAAUUCGGAUGUACGUGCCGAAGUACCGGGAUCACAUUACUGGAAAACUCUUGUACAAUCCGGUAGCGUGCAACGUUUUGAAAACCAGUUUUCCAUUUUUGAAACGGAAAAUAGAAAUAAAUUGAUGAAACAACCUAAUCCUGAGCCAAAUCCAACUAUGCAACAAACAAUUACGGAGACUGUUCUUAAAUCUCUCGAUAUGAAUGUGAACCCGUGUGAUAAUUUCUUUAAAUUUGCUUGUGGUGGUUAUAUUAAAGAAACCAAUCCGCCAAGCGGAGGUCAGUGGGCUUUUAGCAGACCAAGGAAUAAAAUCAGAGAUGCUGUCAAGACGGAACUUCAAAGUAUCGUUGAACAAAAUGACAAAAUUCCACUGAAAAAAGCAAAACUCCUUUUCCAGUCAUGCAUGGAUGAGCAAACCAUAGAAUCCCGAGGAGUAGAGCCUAUCCUUAAAUAUUUGUCUGCCUUGGGUGGAUUGCCUGUGCUAGGAGCAUGGGAUGAUAAGAAUUUUGAUUGUAUAGACAUGUUAGCGGCAACAAAACCACAACUGAAAGACUUUCAAUUUCAUUACCAGAUGUCUGGUGUAAUUAUUGGUGUGACGGUGCAACAAGAUUUCGGUAAAAAAGGUCAAUAUGUGAUAUAUUUAGACCAGCCACGAUUAGGACAAUUUGACUUUACUGGAUUACCAAACCAGGAGGUUUAUCGGCUUGGGAGAAAAAACUUGUACAACAAGGCUUAUGAAGAAUAUUUAGUAGAUGUUGCAGUUUCACUGGGGGCACAUCCUGACAUCGCCAAGAAGGACAUGUGUGAUGUUGUAAAAUUUGAAACUGCAUUAGCAAACAUAAUGUUAUUCGAGGAAGAGAGAAGACUAGUAAAUAUACGAUAUAAUAAGAUAAGUAUUCUAGAAAUGUCAAUUAGGUAUCCGCAAAUUGACUGGCUACGAUUUUUAAGGAAAAUUCUAUCCGUAGCGAAUAUUCAUGUAUCUUAUCAAACUAAGGUUAUCCUUUGGGCUUCUCCCUACUUCGAUCAGUUAAGCUCAAUUCUUACUAAAACAUCAACAAGAACUUUGGCUAAUUACAUUUUAUUCCGAGCGAUUCAGCCUUUAUUACCAAGUAUAAGUAAAACUCUACAAUAUAUAAACCUUCGAUACAUUGCGACUGUCAACGGAUUAAGUGAACCUACGUUACCACCAAGGUCUGACUUUUGUACUGAUAUAGUUAUUGAACAGAUGGACUGGGUAACCAGUCGAAUAUUCAUAGAAAAUCAAACAGAUUCUGAUCAAACUCUGGCAUACGUAAACGAGAUCAGAGGAUACGUUCGGUUUGUUUUUACAGAUAUGAUAAGUAAAUCAAAAUGGUUAUCAGAGGGAACAAAAUCACAACUCCUUAUAAAAAUGCAAUCAAUUGAAGAUAAGAUAGGAUUCCCAGAAGAAAAUUUACAGGAUAGUUUUCUCGAUUUUUAUUAUCGACAUUUUGAUAUUGGAAAAUAUUUUUUUGAAAACAUGAUGGAAUCACUAACAGAAAAUUACAAAAUUGUUCUAUUGAAACUUGUAAACACACCCAAGAAUGAAUGGCUCCUCCGUCCUGGGGUAGUAAAUGCGUGGCAUAAUUUGGCUACAACAUCCAUUGAAAUACCAUUGGGAAUAAUAAGUGACCCGUUCUUCGAAAACUAUUAUUCACCUGGAAUGAAUUUUGGCGGCAUUGGGUUUUUAAUUGGACACGAAUACGCUCAUGGAUUUGAAGUUAUAGGGAUGAAAUUUGACUGGAACGGACUUAUUCGAAGAUAUUGGUCCGAUAAAUCUGCUGUUAAGUUUGCCGAAGAAGCUGACUGUUACGUACGUCAAUACUCGCAAUAUUAUAUACCGGAAGCAGAUUUAUAUGUUACAAAUGGAAACAAAACAUUAAAUGAAAAUAUGUGUGACAAUAUGGGCGUAAAAGCAGCAUUUUAUGCAUUUAAAAAAUUUCAGCGCGAUAGAAACAUAAGUGAGAAAGUUCCAGGACUACCGUUUACUGACGACCAACUGUUCUUCAUAAAUAUGGCAAGAGUAUGGUGUAGUAACUCAUCACCUUUAUUUAUAAGAAAAGUACAAUUAAUUGACCAUCAUACUCUCCCUAGGUUAAGAGUGAUUGGUCCACUACAAAACAGCCCAGAAUUCGCAUCAACUUUUCAGUGUCCUAGAGGUUCAUUUAUGAAUCCCAUAAACAAAUGUGGGUUUUGGUAGACAGUUUAUAUCAGCAGUACCAGUCAUAUGCGAGAUAUUUAUUUAUAUAUGUUUGUAAUUAAUUAGUUACAAAUAAAAUCA